AAUUAAGACCUCAACCGUACUCUCUCUCGAAGCCUUCAUGGCUUCAUUUUUUUUCCUAUAUAACCACUCCUUCGAGCUUCCACUUCUCAUCAAAGUCAUUUUUACAAGUGUUAUAGACUUGGCAAAUAUGUCUUCUUCUAAGCUUCUUCUUGUUUUCUUUCUUGGUGCUAUUGUUUGGGCCACUAGUGCUAGGAAGCUUACCGGUGGGAUUGAAGAUGAGAAAAACCUCUUUCAUCGUCGACCGAGAUUUGGUGGUGGCUUAGGAGGAGGAGGAGGUGGUGGUGGAGGGUUUGGUGGUGGAGGUGGGUUAGGAGGUGGUGCAGGUGGUGGAGCUGGAUUUGGUGGAGGUGCUGGUGCUGGUGCUGGGCUUGGUGGAGGUGGUGGACUUGGUGGAGGAGGCGGUGGAGGAUUCGGAGGUGGUGGUGGACUAGGGGGUGGUUCUGGUUUUGGAGGAGGUGCUGGCUUUGGAGGUGGAGCUGGAGGUGGAGGAGGGUUCGGUGGUGGCGGAGGAGCUGGAGGUGGACUCGGUGGUGGAGCUGGCGCUGGUGGUGGGUUCGGCGGUGGAGCUGGUGCAGGUGGUGGGCUUGGAGGUUUCCCUUGA